ACCACGGCAGUUGUACUGUCAGGUCAUGGCUGAACAACACCGAGUAGAGACAAUCGCCCUUGUCAAACGAGAAUGUCCUGAGAAGGAACUGUUUCCAGAGAGAACGUGCCCCAAAGCAGAACAUGAAUAUAACAAAGAAGAUGUAGAUUUGUUCAUAUCCAACACACCUGAUGAAGGAUUUGAUUAUAGAGAGCAUUAUCUACAAUGUGGAGCGGCGUUUGGAUGGGCAAGAGCGUCGCUUUGCAAGACGAUAAUUCGCAACAAGAGCAUGCUUGUGGCUAUAUGCUCACUGAUCGCAUUGACUGCCUACGCUGUGUAUGUCGGCUUCAGCAUCAGAUUUUCCUUUGGGGAUGAAGGUUCUUUGAGACUGCUACUUGGGACCGGUUUUGUCGCCCUGAUUUAUGCCAAGGUCAAGUUGACAACCCGCGUUCAUGAACUUUUAUCUCCAUGGUCCAACAAGAUAUCGAAUUCCCCUUCGAUAACGAGAACAAUAAGAUGGUUGCUGUACAUAGGUAUGGUCCUCUUCAUGGCGAUCUACUUGGGACUGAAUGUGACCAAAGCGGAGAACUUUCUCUCUCUCGCUGGACUGACCUUCUUCAUUCUUCUAGGAUUCCUGAUAUCCGAACAUCCAGAAAGGGUGAACUGGCACGCGGUAUUUUGGGGGAUCGGGACCCAGUUCCUGUUUGCGCUGAUGAUACUCAGAACCAGUUUCGGGUUUCGCUGUUUCCGAUGGCUUGGAGAAAGACUAGACGAGUUCUUGGAACACACUAACAAAGGAUCUGAAUUUGUAUUCGGAAAAACAUAUCAAGAUCACGCGUUUGCAUUUCAGGUGAUGCCAUUUAUUCUGAUGUGCUCUUCGACUAUCAACGUCUUGUAUUACUACGGGAUUCUCCAGGGAUUCGUGGCCAAUUUUGGAUGGUUGCUGUCUGUCUGUCUGGGUACCAGCCCCGUGGAGUCCGUUAACACAGCAAUCAACGUUGUGUUUGGACCAGCAGAAUCACCUCUCGCCAUCAAGCCCUUCCUUCCUCAUCUCACGCCGUCCGAGUUACAUGCUGUCAUGGCCGCCGGAUUUGCCAGCAUUGCAGGGACGGUAUUCGGGAUGUUGACAUCGUUUGGGGCACCAGCCAACCAUCUGCUAGCAGCCAGCGUCAUGUCCGCCCCUGCAGCUCUAGCCAUGUCCAAGCUAAUAGCGCCAGAAACACAGCCGACCAGGAUCCAGGCACAUGACGCCUACAACAUCCCUGUCCCGAAGUUCAACAACCUUCUGGAAGCCGUGUCAGAGGGUGCUAAAGACGCUAUACCGAUCGUCGCGAGUGUGGUUGUCAACCAGAUCAUAUACAUCGCCAUCAUCAACUUCGUUGACUCCACGUUACUUUGGUUCGGGGGCAGAGUGGGCGUGGCUGGAUUGUCGUUUGAGUUCCUGUGCUCCUAUGGUUUCUAUCCCAUCGUGUAUGUCAUGGGCUUUUCGAGCACGGAUUUCUUGAAGAUUGGCGAGUUGUUUGGCAUUAAGACAUUUGCAAACUCAUUUUACGGUUAUCAACUGUUUGGAAAGCUGAUUAAAAAUCGCCAUGCUUUUGAACACUACGUUGCCUCUACUAACGGGACUUGGCACUGGGAGAACCGAGACAUCGUUCUGGACCUCACCAACAGGACGCUUCCUGGAGGGAUCCUGACGAAACGAUCUGAAGUGAUAGGGACGUACGCAUUCUGUGGACAGAACCAUCUGGCAGCGAUUGGGGUGACCCUGGGAGUGUUCUGUACCUUGAUCCCCGCGAGGAAGGGAACCAUCACCAAAUACAUCGCACGUGCUAACGUAUCCGGGCAGCUUGCGUGCUACAUGACAGCGUGUAUUGCAGGAAUGCUGUAUGAUGAAUCGUUUGUCUGAACCUCCCUUGGUCAAGAGUAAUGGAUGUGGAUGUUAAUAAUGCUUUCUGACUCAAAAUACUCUUCUGCGUUCUGGC